AUGCAUACCAACUACAUUUUCUCGGCUCUUGCCCUAGCUCUUCCCGUAUACUCUCUUAGCGCCACCGCUAGUAUGGGCUGCUACUCCGAAGUCGAAUCAUUCAAGAACCAGGGUCCUUUUUCCUUUCAAUCACCAGGCCAUUGCCAGGCCCAAUGUGCAGACAAAAAUUUCAAGGUCGCUGCUCUAAGCCGUGGCAACAUGUGCUACUGCGGCAACAAAAUACCCUCGGACUCCGCCAAGAUCGCCGACGAUAAAUGCGACGUGCCUUGCGCUGGAUGGGCUGCAGGAAGCUGCGGCGGCAAGGAUACCUUCACCGUCAUCCAGGCGACUGAGAACCUACAAGCCUCUGCAUCUGAAAACGCCUCCACUACUAUUGCACCCACUGCCGCCACCGCAGCUGGCGGAAUAAUUGUCGCGGCUUCGACAGCUAGCACAAAAUCCGGCAUCGUGACCGCGGUAUCAACUGUGAACUCGAAGAGUGGAAACGUUGUAUCCAAGUCUGCUGCUGGCUCCGGCCCUAUCGCGACUGCCUCGCCCACGCCCACGAAUAACGCUGCUGGAACAGUCCGUGCGGGAUCAUCGGUGCUCGGCGCUGUUAUCGCGGGUAUGGGCUUGCUUCUGUGA